AGAAACUCCCAUCUCCCUCCCUAGCCGGAAAGUGCGAGUCGGCCCAGCCUGGAGGUGAGUCGGGGCGGGGAGGCCCGGGCAGGCUUUGUUCCUGUGUAAACCGAGCGCACGUACCUGGAGCGCGACGGGCGCCCGAUAAGCGCCCUGAAUGGAGGUGAUGUAACGGUGAUGCAGGCGCCAGCCCACCCUCGCCGACAGCAAAGAGUCCUGCCUGGGGACAGGCCCGCGCGAGAGCGAGCGACCCAGCGCGCCCGGCUCAGCCUCGGUCCCGGGGAGAGGCAGGCCCUGCGUCCCGGCCCGGGUCCCGCCAUCCCAGCCAGGACCGGGCCUGGCCCAGCGCCCCGCGCCGAAUCCCUCCUACCCCCGCCCGCCUCCCGCCUGGGUCUGGAGUUGGCCCCAAAAGCUGUGAGGGAGCGGGGCCCGCGGCGAGUCCCAGGGAGCCAACCAGAGCCUGGCCUGGGAGCCAGGAUGGCCAUCCACAGAGCCUUGGUGAUGUGCCUGGGACUGCCUCUCUUCCUGUUCCCAGGGGCCCAGGCCCAGAGCCAUGUCCCACCCGGCUGCAGCCAAGGCCUCAACCCCCUCUACUACAAUCUGUGUGACCGCUCUGGGGCAUGGGGCAUCGUCCUGGAGGCCGUGGCUGGGGCAGGCGUCGUCACCACGUUUGUGCUCACCAUCAUCCUGGUGGCCAGCCUCCCCUUUGUGCAGGACACCAAGAAACGCAGCCUGCUGGGGACCCAGGUGUUCUUCCUUCUGGGGACCCUGGGCCUCUUCUGCCUCGUGUUUGCCUGCGUGGUGAAGCCCGACUUCUCCACCUGUGCCUCUCGGCGCUUCCUCUUUGGGGUUCUGUUCGCCGUCUGCUUCUCCUGUCUGACCGCCCACGUCUUUGCCCUCAACUUCCUGGCCCGGAAGAACCAUGGGCCCCGGGGCUGGGUGAUCUUCACCGUGGCUCUGCUGCUGACCCUGGUGGAGGUCAUCAUCAAUACGGAGUGGCUGAUAAUCACACUGGUUCGGGGCAGUGGCGCCGGCGGCCCUCAGGGCAACAGCAGUGCCCGCUGGGCCGUGGCCUCCCCCUGCGCCAUCGCCAACAUGGACUUUGUCAUGGCGCUCAUCUACGUUAUGUUGCUGCUGCUGGGUGCCUUCCUGGGGGCCUGGCCUGCCCUGUGUGGCCGCUUCAAGCGCUGGCGUAAGCACGGGGUCUUCGUGCUGCUCACCACGGCCACCUCCAUUGCCAUAUGGGUGGUGUGGAUCGUCAUGUAUACCUACGGCAACGAGCAGCGCAACAGCCCCACCUGGGAUGACCCCACGCUGGCCAUCGCCCUUGCCGCCAAUGCCUGGGCCUUUGUCCUCUUCUACGUCAUCCCCGAGGUCUCUCAGGUGACCAAGGCCAGCCCAGAGCAAAGCUACCAGGGGGACAUGUACCCCACCCGGGGCGUGGGCUAUGAGACCAUCCUGAAAGAGCAGAAGGGUCAGAGCAUGUUCGUGGAGAACAAGGCCUUCUCCAUGGAUGAGCCGGCUGCAGCUAAGAGGCCGGUGUCACCAUACAGCGGGUACAAUGGGCAGCUGCUGACCAGUGUGUACCAGCCCACCGAGAUGGCCCUGAUGCACAAAGUCCCAUCCGAAGGAGCUUAUGACGUCAUCCUCCCACGGGCCACCGCCAACAGCCAGGUGAUGGGCAGUGCCAACUCGACCCUGCGGGCUGAAGACAUGUACUCGGCCCAGAGCCACCAGGCGGCCACACCGCUGAAAGACGGCAAGAACUCUCAGGCUCAGUCCCCGCAAAGUAAAACGAGAUGGUAGAAGCCCUCUUCCCGGGACCGCACGGCAUCCUGAUCCUCAUUCCUCUCUACCCAGGCUGGGCUGGGCCCAGCACCUUUCCUGUCCUUGUCAUUGGAGCUGGGAGGGGCCAGAGGCCACCGACCUGAAGCAGUGGACUGAGUGGGCCCCUGUGAAGCACUGAGUGUGUGACUGGAGCGCCUAGGGCCACCUCCCUUUCCUGCCCAGCCCAUCUUCCUGGUUCCCAGGUGGCUGCAGCUGCAAGGAGCUGUCCGCAGGCCGCCAGGCUGCCUCCAACUCCCCUCUUGACACCCCCCGCCCCUCACCAAAUCAUAGCCCCUAUGUCCCCAGGCUGUGGUUCUUCAGAUUGUCAUCCUCCCCUCUGUGAGCAACAGGCCUCAGUGCGCCGUCUUGACUCUGGACCUUCCUGGCCCUGCCAUCUUGGUGUCUGGCACUGGCUUGUCCCGCCCUCUGCCUAGAUGGAUCUCCUCCAUGAGACUUGGAGGCCAAGCCAGGGCAGCAGUUGGCCCUUGCCCUUCUCACCAGGGCCUCCUGCCACCACCCGGACUGUGGAAGGUCACUGAGAUGGGGGCAGAGCUCAGCCCGAGGCUUGGGCACACUGCGUCUCUCCACAGCCUCUGGGUCCCGGAUCUGAACCCCUGGGGUGUUUCACUUGAGAGCCCCUGAGCCGUCCCCAUCUUCCACGAAGCGGGUUCCACCAGCAAGCCAGGGUCAGCCCUGCCUGAGCUCUGCCCCCAGUGCCCCUCACAUGCUGGGAUGAGGGCAGCUCUCUUUAUCCAGCAGUACCUCAUGGACAGCUCACUAAGGAGUUGGGAAUGGCAGGCCACCCUGGCAUCUGGGGUUCAAGGUGGCUCCUGUGGCAGGAACAGGUGUUCAUGACCCUGAUUACCUGGAUCUCACAGGUUCUGGGAAUGCAGUAGGGGCCCGCUGUGGCUAUUCUAACAUCUCUGGUCAGGGCCUGGAAGUACCCUUAGGACACGUGGGGUCGGGGUUCGGACUGCAUUCUCAGGGACCACUGGAGAGCCCUGGACCAGAUGAACUGGAGUCUAGGCCUCUCUCAUGACUGGGACUUGUGGGACGUGGGAGGCCUGUGAAUUCCAGGACUAAAGAUUAUGCUAUUUCCUGAUGGGCAGAUAUGUAAGUAGGUAAGUGGGAUCCUCAGGUAAGUGGGAUCCAGGGCUAAAGACUCUGCUAUUUCCUGAUGGUCAGAUGUGUUGAGUUUCUACCUCAUCUUGAGCAGCACCUGGAUGUGCUGGUGCCGGUUCAUCACUGGAGGAGCCUCUUGUGUUCUGAGCCCUCAGACAUGCUCCAGAGGAUCCUGGCGGUCACCUAGUGAAGAGGGUGCCUUCUCAGGACCUCCAUGAUGCUGGCACCGAGGACAGAGAUGGGCACAGCUCCAGGCUUGUGAAAAUGAGCUCUCUAUAGCAUUGUCUUCCUGGGGUUUUUCCUGCCCUUAUCCAAGGUGGGCCCUAGAGCUCAGUCCCCAGCCCAGCAGCACCUCUGGGUGCCGGGUUGGAGGGUGACGACCAGAGUAGCUCUCUGGGGAGGUGCCCUGUAGUCCGUCCCACAGCCCUCUGGUGCUACUCCUAUCCCCAGCAGCCUGUGCCUUUGUCACUGGCGUACUUUUCCGGAGCUAAAUUGGGCGAGCGAUCCCUGCAGAGUAGGCCUGCAACCCUGACUGUGGCCCCCGACCUGUCUUUGUUGCUUGCUGAAAUCCAUGAACAGAGUGUUACUUCCCUCCAGUGGAAGGGAAGCAGGGAGCUCUGUGGACUUUACGCUGCACUUAGUCUAGCUUAGCAGCCCCAAGAUCCCUUAGUGAAUCAAGGCGCUGCGUUGCUUUCCUAUGUGAUAAUUUCAGAGGAGUUCCUGGCAGUGCCUGUUGCCCAGAGGCUGCAGUCUCCAGUGGACGCGGGUUUGUGCAUAGCCUGAGUCCUCUGGGGGCUCUGCGCCUGCGCAUGAGGCUUAGGGUGGGAUGGGCUCCUAAAAAAUGCAGGCCUGCGUGUAUUCAGAGUACCCACUGGCCCUGCUUACUCCUGCCUGGGCCAAGUGGAGAAGUUGUUAGAUGAGUUCUUAGGAGGAAAGAGGUGGCUUCUUUGAGGUGGUCGAGUGGCAUCACAAACAAGCACUGAAUGGAAGAAAACUAGAAGAGGCAGAGCCUGUCACAGGUUCACCGUCAUCCAGCCAGCACCGUGGGAAAUCUCACACCCACCACUGUCAAACUGAGGACUUUGGACUUCAUAACUGCUCGGAAUUAAAUGACCUUACCCUCUGUGGGUGAGGGCUUACUGCCA